CUCGGCGCUGGCUUUGGCGCUGGCUUUGGGGCUGGCUUUGGGGCUGGCUUUGGAGGCGGCGAUGGCAUCCUGCCGGCUGGUGAAAAGGAGACGAUGCAGAACCUCAACGACCGCCUGGCCAACUACCUGGACAAAGUGCGGGCCCUGGAGGAGGCCAACACCGACCUGGAGGUGAAGAUCAGGGAAUGGUACAAGAAGCAGGGCCCUGGUCCCGACCGUGACUACAGCCCCUACUACAGGACUAUCGAGGAGCUCAGGAACAAGGUCCUGGUGGCCACAGUCGACAAUGCUAACCUCCUCCUGCAGAUUGACAACGCCAGGCUGACAGCUGAUGACUUCAGGACCAAGUUCGAGACGGAGCAGGCUCUGCGCCUGAGCGUGGAGGCCGACAUCAACGGCCUGCGCAGAGUCCUGGAUGAGCUGACCCUGGCCAGAGCUGACCUGGAGAUGCAGAUCGAGAACCUCAAGGAGGAGCUGGCCUACCUCAAGAAGAACCACGAGGAGGAAAUGAACGCCCUGCGCGGGCAGGUGGGUGGAGAGAUCAGCGUGGAGAUGGACGCUGCUCCUGGCGUCGACCUCACCAAGAUCCUGGCCGAGAUGAGGGAGCAGUACGAGAGCCUGGCGGACAAGAACCGCAGGGACGCCGAGCAGUGGUUCUUCAGCAAGAACAGCCCCCUGGCUGUCACAGCGCUGCGGCAUCCCGGGGAUCCACUUCCCGUCCCUCCGGGGUCUGUGUGCUCCGGCGGGAGGAGCAGCAUGUCAUCGCGCUACGUCUCGCAGACAGUGAAGGAAGGACCUGUAACCACCCGCCAAAUCCGCACCAUCGUGGAGGAAGUCCAGGAUGGGAAGGUGAUCUCCUCGCGCGAGCAGAUUCUUGCUGCAACUGUCGAAAAUGCCAACAUCGUCUUGCAGAUUGACAAUGCCAGGCUGGCAGCUGACGACUUCAGAACCAAGUUCGAGACGGAGCAGGCUCUGCGCCUGAGCGUGGAGGCCGACAUCAACGGCCUGCGCAGAGUCCUGGAUGAGCUGACCCUGGCCAGAGCCGACCUGGAGAUGCAGAUCGAGAACCUCAAGGAGGAGCUGGCCUACCUCAAGAAGAACCACGAGGAGACCCAGGAGUACCGGGUGCUCCUGGACGUCAAGUGCCGGCUGGAGCAGGAGAUCGCCACGUACCGCCGGCUGCUGGAGGGCGAGGACGCCCACAUCUCGUCCCAGUACUCCUCGGCUCUGUCCUCGCACUCCGGCAGAGACGUCAUGACAUCCUCCCGUCAGGUCCGCACCAUCGUUGAGGAGGUGCAGGACGGGAAGGUGGUCUCCUCCCGGGAGCAGGUCGCGCUCACCACGCGCUAG